AUGAAGAAGCUAGGGAGAAUUCAUCCAAACAGGCAAGUGUUGGCCUUUAUUUUGAUGGUGUUCUUGUCUCAGGUUCGCCUCGAGCCUAUUCGUUAUUCUGUGUUGGAGGAAACAGAGAGCGGCUCCUUUGUAGCCCAUCUGACCAAGGAUCUGGGCCUGGGAAUUGGGGAACUGGCCUCCCGGUCAGCCCGGGUGCUGUCUGACGAUGACGAGCAGCGUUUGCAGCUGGAUCGUCAGACUGGAGAUUUGCUUCUGAGGGAGAAACUAGACCGGGAAGAGCUCUGCGGUCCUAUUGAACCGUGUGUACUGCAUUUCCAAGUGUUCCUGGAAAUGCCGGUGCAAUUUUUUCAAGGAGAAUUAUUGAUCCAGGACAUAAAUGAUCACUCUCCAGUAUUCCCUGAAAGGGAAGUACUCUUGAAAAUACUAGAAAAUAGCCAGCCGGGUACUCUAUUUCCGUUGCUAAUAGCUGAGGAUUUGGAUGUGGGCAGCAAUGGUCUUCAAAAAUACACAAUCAGCCCCAAUUCUCAUUUUCACAUUCUCACUCGAAAUCAUAGUGAGGGCAAGAAAUACCCAGAUUUGGUGCAGGACAAACCACUGGAUCGAGAGGAGCAGCCUGAGUUCAGCUUAACCCUCGUGGCGCUGGAUGGUGGGUCUCCACCUAGGUCUGGCACGGUCAUGGUUCGAAUCCUGAUCAUGGACAUCAAUGACAAUGCUCCUGAGUUUGUGCACACUCCAUAUGGGGUGCAGGUCCUGGAAAACAGCCCCCUAGACUCUCCAAUUGUUAGGGUCUUAGCUAGAGAUAUAGAUGCUGGAAACUUCGGGAGUGUUUCUUAUGGCUUAUUCCAAGCAUCAGAUGAAAUUAAACAAACUUUCUCAAUAAAUGAAGUCACGGGAGAAAUCCUGUUGAAAAAAAAAUUGGAUUUCGAAAAAAUUAAAUCUUACCAUGUAGAAAUUGAGGCCACAGAUGGAGGAGGCCUUUCUGGAAAAGGCACUGUAGUCAUAGAGGUGGUGGAUGUGAAUGACAAUCCCCCAGAACUUAUCAUAUCUUCACUCACCAGCUCCAUCCCAGAAAAUGCUCCUGAGACGGUAGUCUCUAUCUUCCGAAUUCGAGAUAGAGACUCCGGAGAAAAUGGAAAGAUGAUUUGCUCUAUUCCAGAUAAUCUACCGUUUAUUCUAAAACCAACUUUGAAGAAUUUUUACACCCUGGUAACAGAGAGACCACUGGACCGAGAGACCAGCGCUGAGUACAACAUCACCAUCACCGUCACUGAUUUGGGGACACCCAGGCUGAAAACCCAGCAGAGCAUAACCGUGCAGGUCUCCGACGUCAAUGACAACGCCCCCGCCUUCGCCCAAACCUCCUACACCCUGUUCGUCCGCGAGAACAACAGCCCCGCCCUGCACAUCGGCAGUGUCAGCGCCACAGACAGAGACUCGGGCACCAACGCCCAGGUCACCUACUCGCUGCUGCCGCCCCAGGACCCGCACCUGCCCCUCUCUUCCCUGGUCUCCAUCAACGCGGACAACGGCCACCUGUUCGCCCUCAGGUCGCUGGACUACGAGGCCCUGCAGGCUUUCGAGUUCCGCGUGGGCGCCUCAGACCGCGGUUCUCCGGCUUUGAGCAGCGAGGCGCUGGUGCGUGUGCUGGUGCUGGACGCCAACGACAACUCGCCCUUCGUGCUGUACCCGCUGCAGAACGGCUCCGCGCCCUGCACCGAGCUGGUGCCCCGGGCGGCCGAGCCGGGCUACCUGGUGACCAAGGUGGUGGCGGUGGACGGCGACUCGGGCCAGAACGCCUGGCUGUCGUACCAGCUGCUCAAGGCCACGGAGCCCGGGCUGUUCGGCGUGUGGGCGCACAAUGGCGAGGUGCGCACCGCCAGGCUGCUGAGCGAGCGCGACGCGGCCAAGCACAGGCUGGCGGUGCUGGUCAAGGACAAUGGCGAGCCUCCUCGCUCGGCCACCGCCACGCUGCACGUGCUCCUGGUGGACGGCUUCUCCCAGCCCUACCUGCCGCUCCCGGAGGCGGCACCGGCCCAGUCCCAGGCCGACUCGCUCACCGUCUACCUGGUGGUGGCGUUGGCCUCGGUGUCGUCGCUCUUCCUCUUCUCGGUGCUCCUGUUCGUGGCGGUGCGGCUGUGCAGGAGGAGCAGGGCGGCCUCGGUGGGUCGCUGCUCGGUGCCCGAGGGCCCCUUUCCAGGGCAUCUGGUGGACGUAAGCGGCACCGGGACCCUAUCCCAGAGCUACCAGUACGAGGUGUGUCUGACAGGAGACUCUGGGACUGGUGAGUUCAAGUUCCUGAAGCCAAUAUUUCCUAAUCUCUUGGUUCAGGACACCGGGAGGGAAGUUAAGGAAAACCCCAAGUUCAGAAAUAGCUUGGUAUUCAGUUAAGUAUUGUAUUUAGUUCAGUGAACUGCCCGUUAGUUUUGUCAAACUUCCCACUGCAAUGCCUUUAUUUAAAAAAAUUGUCUACUUAUCUAAAUAUUCAUACCGCAAUUUCAAACCUACGCAUGUCCCUGGUAAAGCUAAAUUUGUCCCUUUUUUAUUGUUAUUAAUUGCACUUAACAUUUUUAGUUAUACUGGAUAUUGAGUAUGGAUUUUCUCUAUAUUUGAUCUAUUGGUGAUUAAUCUUUUUGUAACCAUAAAUUACUCAAUUAGGAUAAAAAUAAAUUAUAUUUUAAUGAAAUUCUUAAAUUAACAUCUUUUUAAUGGAACAUUUAAGUGAAUAUAUGAAUCUUGAAUUUCUAAAUAUUUGUUGUGCCUGUCUUUACCAUGUAACUUAAUGUUUGCAAGGCCAGAGUGUUUGAAAGUUUUGUAUUUAACUUUAUAAUUACCUUGUCCUUUCUGGUUGACUAUACUAGGCUAAGCCCUCUUAAUAGCCAUGAAUGUAAAAUUUAGUUUACUCAUUUUUCACAAAUUGUAUAUAAACAUGCACUUCACUACAUUGGUAAUACACUAAAAUUGUGGUCCUUUUCCUCUUGUGACCACCACAUGUCUAGUGAUUAUUUUGUUUAUUUGGUUGCUACUUACCUAGCACAUUGUAAUGUUCCAUGAAUGCUAAUAUUAAAUUUUGUAAAAAUAACUUAUUUAUAAACAAUUUUUAAAGAGAAAAAUCUCAUAUAAUUUGUCAUAACCUUUCAAUAAAUAAAACUGUUAAAUCAUGGCCUGAUAUCAUCUUAAAAAAAAACUCAGAAUCUGAAAUAAGCCCUAAAUUUCUCCCCAAAAUCAAGACUCUUGAGAGCAUCAUAGGUCUCCUUGUGCUCCCUUUUACUCCCUAUAAAUAGAAAUCCAAGUAUACUUUAGUAUGUAUAUAUUUUUUGGUUUUCCUACAGCUUCUCCCCAUCUUUCAAAAGAAUCACGAAAUUUCUUCUGCACCUUGGCUAUUCUAUUUAAAUCUGAUAAUCGGUUGAUCUCAGGUUUUUCACUGUACAUUACUUUGCAGAUAUGGACAGCCUUUACAAAAAUAAUUUUUAAAUGCUUAAUUAUUUUUAUUUGUUCUUUAAGGUAACCUUCAGUUAUUUUGAAUUAAUUUAACUUCUCAAUUAUGCCAAAGUUGCACUUGCAUGAAAUAAAUAUUAUUUUGUAUAUACAGUUCUUGUAUAGACUGGAACAGUAAUAAAUUUAUCUGAAUU